CCAGUCCGUUCAGUGCCUGCCAAGCUGCCGGCACGUGAGGUUGUGUGAGAACGUUCGUGUUGGUCUUAGUGCCGGGAGACUUGAGCGCUGGACGAGGACGAGACGGGUUGUGUUGACGUGUGUGUGUGAGUGUGUGUGUGUGUGUUAGUGUUUGUGGGGACUGUCACCUGCCCGUCAUCUUGUGAGUUCCCGUAUUGGACAGGAGGAUGCGGGCGUGGUCUCCCCUGGUGGUGGUGGCCCUGCUGGCCCUCCUACCGUGGCCCUACGCUAAGGCUGGUACUGCCGAGGGCCUGGUGACGGACGUUGAGGUGGAGGCCAGCGUGGAGCACCGAUACGUCGUGACCCACGUGGCCACAAGGAUGUUUAACUCCCGCCCAGAGCCGUCCCAGCUACUCCUGCAGAUGACCCUCCCCAAGGCGGCCAUCGUGUCCUCCUUCGUCAUGGAGGUGGGCGGCGCCAACUUCUCCGGCGGCGUGAGCGACCGACGGGCGGCGCGGCUCACCUACGAGGCGGCCACACAGCACGGACGGACGGCUGGGCUGCUGGAGCUGAAGGACAAUGACCUCCAGCAGCUACAGGUUCGGGCCAGCGUGUCGGGUCAUGCGCGGGUCACCUUCCACGUGACCUACGAGGAGCUCCUGAGGCGGGUCAACGGCUCCUACAGGUACACGCUGCACCUCAACCCGGGACAGCGCAUACCGAAGGCCGUGGUCCGCGUGAAGGUGCUGGAACGCGAGGCCAUCACGGACUAUAAGGUGCUGGAGCUGCCCGGCCAGGAGAUGAAAGCGCGCAACCCGGGAACAAGCGUGACGGGCGGGCCAGUGAGUGACGGGGAGCUUCAUGUCCUUUACGAGCACCAGGACCCGCCAGGAGGGGACGGCCGCGGUGUGGAUGGCUCCUUCACGCUCUCCUACGAUAUCACCAACCACACGGACGGCGGCGAGGUCCAGCGCGUGGGCAGCUACUUCGCGCACUUCUUCUCCCCGGAGCGGCUGCCCAAGAUGACGACCCACACGGUGUUCCUGCUGGACGUGUCGCUCUCCAUGUACAACGGCAAACUGGACAGCAUGAAGGAGGCGCUUAACACCAUCCUGAAGGACCUGGAGGACGAGGACACGUUUGAGAUCCUGGCCUUCUCCUCCGAGGUGGUGAGCGUGGGGACCUUCUCGGGGGCGGAGCGCGAGGUGAAGCGAGCCGUCAGGAGGUUGCGGCGUCUCGUGUCCCUCGGCUACUCCAACCUGAACGCGGCGCUGCUCGAGGCACUAAAGGCGGCCAAGAUGGGAGGCUCCGAGCAGGCCGUCAAGCAGGUCGUGGUUUUGAGUGACGGCCACGCCACCAGUGGGGAGCUGCUGCCCGCCGUGGUGCGUGAGAAUGUGAGGAAGGCCAACCCCGACCACUACCCGAUCUUCGUGUUCAUCUUCAACGACAAGGCCAAGCUCCUCGAGGACAUAAGUGGUGACAGCGGUGGGUUCGCGCGCUACAUGCAACGCGGUACAGCCACCCCCGCGCAGAUCACCGACUUCUUCAGCGAGAUCGCGAAGCCUCUGAUGGCGGACGUGGACAUCAGCUACCCGGCCGACGAAGUGGACCCGGGCAACGUUGUGAAGUCAGGGAUGUCCAACUACUAUUCUGGAGGAGAGAUCGUCGUGGUGGGCAGGCUUCGUCCGGGAAUUAACCGCGCGGGCCCCACCGUGAGCGCGCGCGGCAGGGACGGCCCUCACCAGCUGGCCGCCACGCGCAUGGACUCCCGCGACCCCUUCUUCGCCUCCGUCAGGGAAAACUACAUCGCUAGAAUAUGGGCGUACCUCAUGUUACAGAACCUGCUGGCCAAGGCUGCAAUGCCUGAAAACGCCAACAACACCCAGCACCUCCAGACCAAGGCGCUCGAGAUUGCCAUGAAGUUCAACUUCGUGAGUCCACUGACCUCCCUCGUGGUGGUGUACCCUCACGACAACCACCUCCUGCUGACCCUGCCCGGAGCUCCACACAGCCUGCUCGGGGACACACAGCCUGCCUAUGUCACCCUGCCUGAUAGCCCUCGCCUCGGCAGGAGUAACAGGCAGACCUACGUGGAUUUGGACCCCCACUUCUUGGUGCAUACGCCGGGCCUGGAUCUCCCCCUCUGCUUCAACUAUCAGGGCCGCACCGGGGUCAGCGUACGACUCCUGCACGACCCUCAGUCUGGCAUCGUCAUCAACGGCCACGUGGCUUCGGUUCGUCAGCGCCCCAAUAUCAAGUUCUUCAGCCGGCUCUUCCUGCGCCUCGGCCCCGUGAACCUGACCGUGACGCCGGAGAUGCUGCAAGUGGACUGCCUUGGCGAUGAUGGCUCCCCGCAGGUCGACACUGUGGUGAAGUCCCUGUGGCCGUUCUACAAGCAAAACGGACGGAAGUACAAACGACACACCUAUCGAAAGGACAAGGCGGCCAAGAGGAGAAGGACGAACCACCACCAGCACCAGAGGAACGCCAUCCACAACAACGAGGUGACGGGCCCUGACUCCCACCCACGCCCCCUCCACGCCCCCUACACCCAUGACGCUUACUACUCCUACAGCAAUGGGAAUGGGUCGAGAGGGGGAGCGAGACACAUGGAUCAUCGAGUUCAGGACUGCAGUGUCAAUACCAGCUGGGAGGAAGGUGUUGGGAGAAUCUACGGCAAUGUGAUGGUGGUGCUGAGCAAGAAGAGGAGCCUGGACAUCACCAUUGGGGACGGCCUCGCGCACUUCACCAUCAGGCGCUCCAGGAACAAGAAGGGACAAAGAUUCCUCGGCUUCUACAUCAAGGACCAGGAAAUAUUCUCACCACAGACGCACGGGAUGAUAGGCCAGUUCAUCUCUAAGCGAGUGAGGCGGAUGCUGCCCAGUAAAUCCCCCGACAUCCAGACUCGUGCUGCUGGGGCUGGUGCUGCUGAUGCGCCUGAGAGAGUGACGCUGGAGAUGGUGCGCCGUGGCCAUAGGAAGAAGAUGUCGCGGGUAUCAGGCGUCAUGGGCAGCCGCUACUCCCUGAUGGGCCGAACGAGGGUCAGGUGCAUACAGGUCCACGCCAAGGGCACGGGCGGGGUGUUGGACGGCCAGCCCCGAGACUACCUUAUUCCCUGCCUCCAGUGCUGAGGGGCGAGCAUAGGAGACGAAGCUCCCAUUUAAAUUACCUAAGAUUACCUUGUUCUCUGUCUCAAGUGCUGGACGAGGAGUGAAGAAGAAUCCACUCCCUUGUAGCUGAGUUCUUGCAGUGACUUGAGUGAUCGCUGAGGCUGCAAUGGUCUUGGUGAGGUCAUGUGUGUUAUGGUGUAUGGUGUAACGUGUGUGUGGUGGAGUUAGGUAAUAGCAUAAUGUGUGUGUACGGUGUGAGGUUAUGGUGUCCCAGGAAAGACUGCCCCCUCUAUAGAUCUUUAAGUCUACCCUCCAAUGGACCCUGUAGGAUGUGAUACGUGACACUGUACCGUUGUUUAUAAGGUUCUGUACUAGCUUUAAAAGGCGUAUGUUCGUGUAUGUGAAUUAUGAGUAGACUCGUGGUCGUGCUGAGACUGAGAGGGGAGGUACAUAACACACACACACACACACAUAAUUCAAGUCUCUUAGUCUCCAUAAUCCCCAGAAGUCUUCAGUCUUCCCGUGUGGAGUUUAGAAGUGCCAUUUAAUAGGAGACUUAUAAUAUGAUGUCAUUUCUCAUGCAUGAUUUAGGAUUUAACUCACUGCUGUCUGUCAUCGUUCCUGGUCCUCGAUGUGUCUGUGUAGCCGUCGAUAGCAAACCCUUUUAGUUCAAAUACGUGUCGAUAUAAAGUGUGUCAUACGAGAGAGAUAUUCCGUGAAGUAGUAGUGUUGCUCAAAGUUGCACUCGGAAUAGUCUCUUGCCAGUGUCGUGUUUCCGCAAGACCAGGAAUGAGUCACAGCGUAAUCCUUGAUAGACGAAGUGGACACGAAUCUCAAAUAUCUUGGUGGUGCUUUACAUUUUCGUUCGUGUAUUGAUAGAUUGAUAAAUACUUCCUGACUGAUUGAAAGAAUGAUAGACUUCCUGACUGACUGACUGAUUGACUUGAUAGUACUUUAAAUUUUCAUUUGUGUAUUGAUAGGUCGAUAGACAGAUGGACUCACUGACUGAUGCAUGGAUAGAUGGAUGAGAGGCUGAGUGAGUGACCAAAUAAGUAUGUGGAUAUAGUACUUCAUUCUCUUGUAUUAACCUAAUCAGCAGUUAACGAAUUGAAGUUAUAGUGAAUUAAAGCUGUUGUGCAUGCCCCAGACUUUAAAUGUGGCCAAAGUGUCUACAAACAAAAUAGUGUCAUAGACAAGUCAAACUUACAUCCAUAGCCACCAGUCAUGUGUGUGUGAAUGGACAGAUGUACUGAUGCUAGUAUGAAUGGACAUUGCAGUGAAUGGAAAAAUAUAUGUGAGAAUAUGACUGAUAAGAAUGAAUGAAUGCAAGUAGAGUAGUGUUUCAGAGUAAAGACAUGCUUAGAAUCUUCGCUUGUUUGUACAUAUAAUUUUACUUGCAUUCACCACGGCCGUGAGUCAAGUACUAAGUGAGGGAGUUAGACGAUCCUUGGAGGUGAAAUUGCAACCAUGAGGAGAGUAUGGUGACGCCUUACACUUCUGUCGGCAAUGUCGCUGAAUAUAAUAAGCUUGGAAAUGCUAUCGGUACACCAUUAAGAGGGACUAAGUUAAACCCAUUCUAUUCUUAAGAUCUUGUAGGCAUGAGUGAUAUGACCUUACAAAUCCAUGGAGUUUGUUCUAGAGUGUAAUAAUGUAUAGUUUAAUGUUUUUCUUCUUCAGAGACACUUACAUGGGAAGUAAAUCUGAGAAAUCAUAUUACUCGACAGUUUGCCAGUGUGAGAAUUGCUAGGCAUGUGUGGUAUGGCUCUACAUAUCCAUAUCAUAUACAUAUCUAAAGUAUAAUAAUGUAUAGUAUCCUGUUUUUCAUUAUUUUUACAUUCAGAUAAUCAACAUAUCUGAGAACUGACAUUACUUGACAGCAUAACAGUGUGAGAUUCAUAGUAUAUAUUUGCCAUAGAAAACACCCAAUAGGUAUAACUCACUCAGCUUUCAGUGUAGUAUUUCCUCUUCCAACACAGUGCAAGAUUAGCCGAUGGAAUGGUUCAUGGUUCAAUGGUUCAAACAGGCUUUUUUUUCUGUUGUUUCUUUUACUUUUCUUUUUUAAUCAAUGUACCUUCAGGAUUUCAUUAUCAAUACAGCUCUCAUUAAUUUUGCUGGUACACACAGUUUUCAUUUUUUCUUUUCUUUCUUUUUACGCAAUGAACUUUUAGGAUUCCAUUUCAGAUACAGCUUUCGUUUUUUUUCUGUUUCAAAUGUAUGUUCAUGUUUUCGUUUAAGUCAUGGCGUAUUGCUUUGCUGACCUGAUAUGUACUCCGUGUUGUGUUCGCGUUCAGGGUCAGUGAAACAAUGACCCGCCCUCUGCCCUAGAUGACCCUUAAUAUAUUUGCAUGACCUUGUGUUGUA